AUGGCUGAUCCGGCGACAUCAGGGAUGUAUUUUACCCCUAAGCGGACACUGGAAUACCUACGAGCACUACUAGAUCCGCAGAACGAGAUAGUCUGCGAAAGAAACAGAUCAAAACUGCUGCUUGCCCUCGUUCCCGACUUCCUGACGAUUCAUCCAUGCUCAGAGGUGAUACGGGAGUUCGAAACGAAGCUCAACGCACACUCGACGGAACCUGACUCCGGGCCUUCCCUCCCUCCUCCUUUCCUACUGGGAGCCCAGGAUUGUUUCUGGGAGGCAUCGGGCCCGUAUACAGGGGAGAUUUCACCUUCCUGUCUACGCUCGAUGGAUGUGUCGAUAGUUGAGCUGGGCCAUGCAGAGCGUCGAGCAAUCUUCAGGGAAACGGAUGAGCAAGUCGGGCGCAAAGCUGCAGCUGUGAGUGCACAGGGUAUGGUCCCACUUGUCUGUGUGGGUGAAAUACCCGUCCCUGGCCCGGUGAUGUCAGAGGCUGUCGGAGUGGCGGUAAAGGAGUGUGAGGUUCAGGUCAGGGCCGUGCUGGAUGCGAUUCCAGCAGAUGCGCCGUGUAUCUUUGCUUAUGAGCCUGUAUGGGCAAUUGGGAAGCCAGUCCCGGCGGGCGUGGACCAUAUCGCAGCUGUGGUUCAGGGGAUACGUACGGUAAUUGAUGGGGUACGCGGGAAGAGCAGAGGAGAGGUGAGAGUGAUAUACGGAGGGAGCGCUGGGCCGGGCCUGUGGGGACAAGGAGGGCUUGGUAAAGCAGUUGAUGGCAUGUUUUUGGGUCGGUUUGCCCAUGAGAUCGAGGGAGUGAAGAAGGUAGUCCGAGAAGUCGAAGAGAGUCUUUGA